CAGACUUAUUUCCCGCAAUUUUGGAAGCAUCGAAAACAACGACGUCAACGUUAUAUAAUUUCAUUCACGAUGUCAGAUUUUUCGAAGCCUCGAGUUAAUGGUAAAAUGUUGCCAAGUUUCAAGGGCCGAACUGUUUGUUUACUAGGAAAUGCCAAGGAUGUGGAUAGCAAUGGAACAGCCUUUACAUUGUCUACAGGGGAUGGCCAAGAUGUGAAAGUAAUCAUGCAGGAACCUCUUGGAGAAUAUGUAUCUGGAUUAACUGAAGUCCAUGGAAACGUAGAUGCCCAGAAUAACAUCAAUUGUCAGAGCUACAUUGCAUUUCCUAAGGAAAUCAGUGAUACUUUUGAUUUAGGUCUAUACAAUGAUGCUGUUGAGCUGACUUCACGGUUCAGCGAGUUUUACAAAGUUGGCGUGACUGAUCAAUGAAGCACCAUGGUAUAAAUUCCCGUAAAUGAAGAGAAGACAACAUUGCUGUGCAAAUGAAAUAUAGAGUAAAAUUGACCACAUACUGGGAGCAUUGCACAUUUAUGAAAUGCUAUCACAUACUUCCUUGCAGAAGAAGUACACUGUAUAUAAUUAUGUUUAUGUGUCAACAUUUGAUAUCUUUAGUAUUUCAUAUGUAUGUUAAACAAAUGUAUAUACAGUAUGAUUCUCAGUUUUACAGUGAAAUUGGAAAUUUUUUUUAGAAAGAAUCUGAGUUUAAGAUCGACACAAAACUGAGAGCUUGUGUGAAAUCAUGAGCCAUCUGCAUGCCGUAUUUAAAAAAUUUUGCUAUUUCCUGUACAUCCAUUUGAAUUAAAUUUAUUAUACCAGGGUUUUGAUUUAAAAACCUUUUGUAUUUUGAUUUAAGUCAUUACUGCAGUGUUAAUGUUUCAAGAGCUUAAAUGGAAAUAAAGUAUAAUUGUUGUUUAACUAAUCUCAAAUUAAAAUUUUAAUGCUUGAACAGUUUAUUAUCUCAAAAUCUGUUUAUUUUACUAUUUAUGAUAUUAGAAAUGUGACCAAUUUGAAUCUUUGAUCAAGAUUAAAACAUUGUUUAGAAAUACAA